UUUGGUUCUUUGAGGGACUUUAUUGAGUGAGAUGCAUCGUAUGUAGGGGUCAAAAUUACGUUUGAUGAAUUACAGUUUCUCAUAUGAAUUGGUUGAUAGAAGGUGUGGAUUGCUGUGACUGUAGAAAUAAGGUCCAGUGUAGCUCUCUUGGCAAGAUGAGCAUGGCAUUUUAAAGUUGCAACGAUAGGGUUUUGAGUUCGACUUCUACAGCCGGGGGGCAGUAUGAAAACCUAUGCUUGCAAGUCGCUCUAGAUAAGAGCGUCUGCUAAGUUACAUAAAUGUAAAUACUACGAAUAUAGGUGUAUUCAUUCCGCCAAACAACAGUUGCGAUACGUUUUGCUAAGAAAUCGAGGAGGGACCAAUUUGGUCCAAUAGAAAAUCUGUCCCGUAACUAAAACGUUUAAUGGGCGGAAUGAAUACACCCCUGAUCUCUACUUCACAAGAUGGUCCAGAGCCGAGGCCACUCUGGGAGGAGUGACAGUGGCACGGUGCUAUUAAUUUCUUCGUAAGCAUUCUGAGGAUGAUGUGAUGGAAGAACACCGACUAACGCUACAACAGAGCAUGUACGAGUUGAACCCAAGUUAAUUUUCAAGUAUUAUUAAAUGUAUAGUUUAUUUUUUAGAAAUAAUUGGUUUACGGGAGCCUACUUUUAUUUUAUUUUGACCAGCUAAUCCAAAUACUAAUGGCUACCGAGUGCACACAAGAAGCAGUCUUGCAAUUUCUAUUGGAACAAGGAGGGAGAGUGAAAAACCAGGCUUUAACUGACCAUUUUAAAGCAAUUUUUCCCGAAGACCCUGAACAGAAAGCAACUGUACGGGAGCAAUUCAAGGGAUACGUGGACAACGUUGCGUUUGUAAAGUUAGAAAAUGGAGUAAAAAACGUUUGUUUAAAGAAAAAGUAUCGGCGUUCGAUAAAGUGUACAGACAGCGCGUGCAAUAGCAACUGGACAGGUACCAUAUUGAAACCAGAUAUCAGCACCCCAGUCGUAUCUGAAUCGCUUAAGUACUUGAAAGAAGACGAUAAACAAUUGGCGAAUCUGUCCGAAUUUGGAAAGGUGAUCUCUUACGAAACCAUUGCAAACAGGAAAGCACAGCAAGAAAUUUCAUCUGGCUCCGGUUAUGGUACCGUGAAUGUCUGUGGUGCGAGACCAACGGACAUUCAUGGAAUUAUUUUGGAAGGCAAAAGUGCAGAAAGAACUGCGGCAACAAGGUCUCUGGUUCCGAAUAAUAAUCAGUCAGACAAUUUUGAAAAUGUUUCAGGCAUUGAUUUCAAAGAACAGCCAAAACUGAUCAGGGACGACCUUCAGACAUCGCAACAGCCCCAAACAACUUAUACAGAUUGCGCCACAGGUGACCCGACAUAUGACUGUGAAGCUGCUCCAUCAGGUGUGAUGUCUCAGGUGAGCAAUUCCCAGUUGGUGAACAACCACAGAUCCCCAACAGAGUCUCAAAACAGCCUGGCGUCCAGUCUGCUUUCAUCAGAGGACGGGGCAGACGAAAGCCAGUAUUAUGAUUUGCCUCUGGGCAUGUCUGGGAGUGACAGCCCCACAACUAAAGGUAGACAAAAUAAUUUUUUAGGGCUCUCGACUAACAGCUCCUCGCAGGUGAGAUGCAGCAGGGUGUUGAGGACCUCCGUCUACCUCUCUGCAAAGCACAGAGACAGUGCCAGAAAUGACGCUGACUCCAUCUCCCAGGUUUCCUCCAUGACAGACGAAGAUGGCGGCUCAGUCACUUUGGACCCGUUAGAACAUGAGUGGAUGAUGUGUGCGUCAGAAGGGAAAUGGGGAAGCCUUCACCGCCUCCUCUCCUGUGAACCGAACCUCAUCACGAAGAAGGAUUUUGUCACUGGGUUCACCUGCCUCCACUGGGCAGCCAAGCAGGGCAAACAGGAACUGCUGGCACUAAUGGUGAACUUUGCCAAACAGCACACGGUACCUAUCAACAUCAACGCUCGCUCCAGCGCCGGCUACACUCCACUACACCUAGCGGCCAUGCACAACCACGUCGAGGUCGUGAAGUUACUGGUAGGAGCCUACGAUGCAGACAUAGAGGCCAGAGAUUACAGUGGGAAAAAGGCAUGUCAGUAUCUUACGGACAGCGUGGCCCUGGACAUACGCGACAUCGUCGGGGCAGGUUGCGGUGACUCAGACCCGGAGAACACAGACUAUGGGGAUGGGGGCCGUUGGAGGUUGUCUAAAGUUCUCCAGUCCAGCCUGCCCCUGAAGUUGCUCAGCCAAGGUGAGGAGGACCCAGGUGAUGGUGCCGGCCAGGCCAGACAGAAGCCCGUUCGCAGGAAGUCAUCACUCAGCAGAAUGAAACCCAAUCUGCAGAAGAUCCGAUUCAGGUCCUCACAGAUAGUCCACAGCACGUCGUUCACUUCACACUGUGAGGCCGAGGAGCUUGAAGGCUCCAGGAAAAGCUCUUUUAAAUCCAGGCCUCUGUCAAGUCUGUUUGGAUAGGUAGGACUGAAGAGUAGGACCUGAAUUAACAUGUCAUGGUGCCAAUAAGAUAUACUGUGUACUACAAUGGAAGAAAGGCAAACUUCCUUGUAGGUCCAUCCUGGUGUUCAAAGCUGUACGUGUGCUAUACAUGUUUUUCCUUUAGCUAUUGUGAAUAGUCUUAACUAACAUUAUACAGUAUUACAUGAUCUGUUAUUGCCCGAUUGCCAUCCCUGGUUAGGGUAAACAUCUCUGUCCUAAUCCUCUUAUCAUUCCCAAGGAGCCUAGAGGGUUCAGCACCAUGUCUGCUUUAACCCUUAACUUGCAGGAAAAGCUGCGUGCAAGUGUUUGAACUUCAAGUUAUUUUAAUUGACGGUUGAAGCAACGUAACUGAUUUCAAAAUCAUUGGCAACAUUCUGAUAUUAUUAGUCAGACUAAGUGAUGCUAUGGGGAAAAAAAAACAAAUAAUUAAUUUCCAGGCCUUGAAAAGGUCUCUUUGCCUUUAAGUCUAAAGUCUGGAUGACUGAGGGGAGCUUUCUGUGUCACACGGUGCAUGGAGUUGAAUAACUGUCAUGAAAUCCAUAGUCCCAAAUGGAUAUUAUUUUACACACGGGGCGAUGUUCUACAUGGAAAGAUCAGUUCAAAACUAUUCACUUUUAAACGGGUACGCUUUUGUCUUUUCACUUUCAAUUACAUUCUCCUGGUGGUUUUUGUGUGUCAGCAUGUCUGAAGUUGCAGUAGGCUGGCAUUGUGUUGUGAACUACCCACUGACCUGUGGUUUUAUGUCAACAAGCUCCAGCUUGCUGACCCUGGAGAGGGUGAGAGAGGCAGACAGAGAGCAGGUACAUCUUUGGGCCUUGUUCGUACACAUGGACGGCUGUCUGCUGCCUGUGUGGAGCUCUCCAUCCCUCCACUACACAGUGCGAUCAUGCAAUCCCCCGUCACUAGAACAUCGAAGUGCCCUGUUGGCAUCACUCUGCGCUUUUGUCUUUUGGUUCACUGUUGGUUUUUAAUGUGAUUCCAGCCGUUUGCUUUGGUAAAAGGGAGAUGCAUAGUUAUGUUUGGGACAGACACAGUAGUUUAACUUAACAUCUCAGUCUGACUGGAUUGUUUUCGUUGCAAUGUUCCACUGAAUUAUAACACUUAAUUUUACUCUGCACUUUGUGUUCAUGUUUUGGUGUCAUAAAAUACUUUUACUAAUGAA